AGCAUAUUGAUGCCAUAUGCGGGGCAAGUUGGGUGCCGAUCACGCAGAAGUAUGACGGACCGCAAUACGGAUAAGCUGGGAUAUUUAUACUCAACAGCGUGUGCUGUUACGUAUUAAGUGAAUUAGCACCAAACAUGGCAAUUUCAACAUAUGAACAGACUUUCAGAGAAGUCAGCUCUCAAUCCGCUGCCCUUCCUGACAUCGUUUUCGAGGCAUUCACCUUGCCAUCCUCGAAUCAGCGGACACUUGGAAGUCCGCACGCAGCAGACACUGUUUCUCCUCUAGCUCUUCGUGCUUCGUAUCACGGCGCUGAAGCACCUACUCUGGACGAUGUGAUCUCCACAGUCGAAUCGCUACAGGGUAAAGGCACGCUGACUCAGAAGCUUGCUCAUCACGGUGCCCUCUUAUUCCGUGAUCUUCCAAUCCAUAACGCCAAUGAUUUCAGUAAAUUUGCUCACGCGUUUCGAUGGAAGCCGCAUGAGAUAAUUGGAAUUGUGGUUGACCGACCACUUCUUGCGCCGAACGUUGCGCCUGCCAACGAAGCUCCCAAAGAAGUUCUCAUCUACAAUCACAACGAGUCACCGCAGGUGCCACACGCUCCCGAGUACAUUGUCUUCUACAGCCACCGCGCACCGACCGUCGGGGGUGAGACCCCGAUAUCGUCCUCCCUGGAGCUGUUCCAACGCGCCAAACAAGAGAUCCCAGACUUCAUCGACGCUCUAGCAACGAAAGGCAUCCUCAGCCGCGUAACCUACAAAGUCGAGCAGCAAUACGCUGGCGGCUCAACGCUCAAGCAAGCGUUCGGCAGAGAGAUCAUUGACAGCGAUGACGCGCCGACUCGCAAGGCCAAAGUCGAGGCGCAGAUCCGACGUUACAACCGCGAAGGCCACACAUCUUGGGAGUGGGCUGAUGGCGACCAGACGCUCGUUCUGACACAUCACCUACCCGCUAUCCGUACGCAUCCUAUUACCAAACAGCCAUCGCUCUUCACGGGCUUGGCGGCGUAUUACAAGAACUUUCUUGCCCCCGACGCGCCCAAUUCAAGCCGCAGAAACGUCACGCAGCAACUGUACGGUGAUGGAACGCCCAUACCAGAUGAGUACCUAAAGAAGUUGGCGGAUAUUACGGAAGAGAUCCGUGUGCUUCACAAGUGGCAGAGAGGCGAUGUACUGGUCUUUGACAAUGUUGUUGCGCAGCAUGGGCGUCAGCCGUGGGAAGGAGAGCAGACGGAUCGUGUUGUGUUGGCGAGCCUGUGGGAUGGGCCUGCGCCAGGAAGGUACCAGGGGAGUAAAGGUGAAUGGGCGCAGGUUGUUAAGGCAGUCACCCUAGGCUAAGCAUCCUCAUAAUUUCCGAUGAAGAGAUGACUUGGCCUUCUGGCAAACGUGAGACUUUUGCCUCGGGAUUGAACUUGGUUGCAUGCUCUGCAGUAUUUCU